AUGUGGGGACUCUCUCUUGUCACCACCGCCGCCGGCCCCGCGGCUGCGUUCAAGCGCCUGAGCUCUAUCGAGGCGAUUCAGUUCAUCCUCGCGGACAUUCCGUUGUACACGGUGGGAAUCCUGGCCUUUGGUUCGUUAACUUUCUUCUUCCUCAUGAAGCGCGUCGAUCGAUGGGUGUUUUGCAUCCACGUCGCCAUCCUCCUCGCAUUUCUCGCUGGCGUCCUCGACCUCGCCCAAAUCCUCCUUCGGGUUCCGCCCGCUUAUGGUAUCAUCACUGCUCGGGAGAUCUUCUACGCGAUGUCAAACAGCCUGCGUUUCCUCUUCUACUGGGGCUUUGUCGCCAUGAUUCCUCUGGGGGAGACGAUUCCAGAAGGAAACAUUGCACACAGCGGGAGUUGGCGUCGAUGGGGCACACUGGGUAUCUUCCUCAAGUGGAUUACUGUCUUCGUGCAGGUUGUCAUGUUCGUCCUUCAACUCCUCUACCGCAACAUCACUUCCCUCGGCCAAAUCGGCCCUGUCUACGAGACCGAGGCCACGCUGGAAAUCAUCCUCUCCGCAUUCUUCAUCCUCAAGCUCUUGAUGAACACACUCAGCGUCAUGCCUACUCGUGCUACAAGACAGUCAAAGGGCAAGAUGUUGGUCCAGUACUCGCCCAUCAUCGUCACCCUCCUCUUCAGCUUGUGGAUUGCUGUCGGUAAUGCCAUUCUAUUCGAGUUCACUGAGACUGUCCUGGGACGCUUUAUGCGCGCGAUCGAAUUCUACAUCGACGUCGUCUAUGUCAUGACCGUCUCUUUCAUCCACCUCCGUCACCUGUCCUUCUUCCCUGUCUAUAGGCCCAACCGGAAGCGGUCGGAAGGCAGCCUGGCUGGCAGCUUCACGUCUUUCGAGAAGCCCGGAGCGUUUGUUGAGGCCAUGCCCACACCAAACGACACCAAGGUCCAGGCAAAACUCAUGUACGUCCUGGAGGAUCGCUACUAUAACGGGCAGAAUCUCCCGCAGACAAUGGACAGCACCAAGGCCCCGAUGAUGGUGGAAGGUGUCAUCCCGCACCAAUCCAUGGCCGGUCGUUUGUCGACCUGGCUUGGCCGCCCACGACCGGGUCAGAACGAUUCCCGCCCCUGGGACGUCGAUGCAGAGCGCGGACCCUCACCGAGGCUUCCUACGAUCUCGACUCCAUGGACUGAGAGAGCUCGCCCUGAGUCUCCGCUCAUCGUCUCCUUCCCUAUACCUCGGCUGGAUGAAGACGAGCAGCGUGCCCCGAGCGGCCCUUUGCCUCCCGGGGAGGUCGCUUCUGUCAUGGGCCUGGCUCCCUCGUCUACCGGUGCGAACACGCGUAUCCCAUCCCGCGAGUGGCAGGACAUCGAAUUCUCCAAUGCUGUCCGGAACUCGGGUGUCAACGAAGAAGUAAUGGCCAGCGCACUGAAGGAGCGGUUCUACGUCCCUCCUCAAGAAGCCGCCUUAGAAUCGCCCUUCGAAACAAACAUCGAAGUCCUAUCUCCCCAAAGCGAGGAAGGUACGCGUCCCAACAGCAUUGCCAGCGUGCAGUACGCCGCCGCAUCAACGCCCAUGUCUCCACCCUCGAAGUCCGCCGCGCUUUCGCUCUACCCGGCUUCCCCGCUCGCUUCCGCUGCCGCCUCGCCGAUCCCACGAAGCCGGCCAUUGCCUCCCAUGCCUGUACCCAACCGGCCAACCUCCUCGGCGUCUGCUCUGCUCUCCCCGACGUCCCCGAUGCCCCCUGACUCCGCGCGCUCGUCCAACAUCUCGAUCCUGCUCCGUCGCCAGAACGAACUCGACGAGUCAAUCGCUGCACUCCGCUGCUCCGAUGCAGCCCCUUUCGAUACCGCAAGCGCAGUCAGACUACUCGGUGCGGGACAGCUUGAUGCUAGCCUACACCACGCCGCUACAGAGCCCGGAGCUGCCGUUGACGACCCACGCACAGUCAUCGACACCGCGGCGCAGAGCGAGUUCUAUUUCGACAGCCAGCCGCCGCUGAACCGGUCGAGCAUUGAUUCCGGCGUGUGGCCGCCCCCGACACCGCCGCCGCAGACGAAGGAGCUCGCCGUCACGUUCCUUGACUCGCCGCCGAACGCACUUGCGCCCCCGCGCCAGCCCGAGUCACGGUUCUCGGACGCAUCGAGCCUUGGCGAUCGGAAGCCCCGCAAGGCCGUUGACUCGGCAGGAACUCAGUAUGACAUCACCUCCUUCGUUGGCAAUCUCACGUCCCCAGUGAAUCCGAAGUACAGCGUGAUGUCCGAGUUCUCCUCCGAGGAGAGCUUCGCGAACGUCGUCACCGCGCGGCCCGCGCAGUACGUGCGCCCGACCCUCGUCGCCCACGAACGCAGGGAGUCGGACCCCGCCGACAUUGCCAACCUCGCGCUCGUCUCGCAGUUCCCCGCGCCGCCUCUACCCGCGCCGACCGCGGCUCGCCCGCUCCCGACAAUCGCCGAGCCCGCCCGGCCAACCAUCCAAACCCAAUUGCCGCCCCAGUCCCAAUCGCCCGCUCAGUCCCCCGCAAGAACGCAGCUGCCGUCGCCGCCGCAACCGCGUUUCAAGCGUGCUGUUGGACUCCCGGCGCACCCGCGCUUGAGCCGCGCGAGCACGGCGUCGGAGGAGGUCCCGGAGAGGACACCCCAAGGCGACACCUCGUCCCUGUACACCUCGCAGGGGUCUGGCACCCCUAACACGGUCACGGGGAGGGCAUGGUGA